AUGGAUGAAAUUGCGCCAGAGUACGAUGUCGUGGUGCUGGGUACUGGUUUGACCGAGUGCGUGCUGUCUGGUGUUCUGAGUGUGAAGGGUAACAAGGUCCUCCACAUCGAUCGCAAUGACCACUACGGAGGCGAGGCGGCCUCUGUGAACAUCGAAACUUUAUUCAAGAAAUACGGCAAUGUUCGCCCCGGCGAGGAGCCCUGGAAGAAGUACGGCCGCGUCAACGACUGGAACAUCGAUCUCGUCCCGAAGCUACUCAUGGCCAACGGCGAGCUCACAAACAUUCUGGUUUCCACCGAUGUGACGAGAUAUUUGGAGUUCAAGCAGAUCGCGGGCAGCUAUGUUCAGCAAGGCAAGGGCCCCAAGGCGACUGUGGCGAAGGUGCCUUCUGAUGCCGGCGAGGCUCUUCGCUCUUCCUUGAUGGGUCUGUUCGAGAAGCGACGUGCUAAGAAGUUCCUCGAGUGGGUUGGAGACUUCAAAGAGGAUGACCCUUCUUCUCACCAAGGUCUCAACAUCAAAUCCUGCACCAUGAAGGAGGUUUAUGAUAAGUUCGGUCUCGAGGACAACACCCGGGACUUCGUUGGCCACUCUAUGGCCCUGUACCCUUCCGACGAGUAUAUCAACCAGGCUGGUGCCGCCGUCGAGACUAUCAACCGCAUCCGCCUCUAUGUUAACUCCAUGGCUCGCUACGGCAAGUCGCCUUACAUUUAUCCCCUCUACGGUCUGGGUGAACUUCCCCAGGGCUUCGCACGUCUGUCUGCCAUUUACGGUGGUACUUACAUGCUAAACACGGAUGUGGAUGAGGUUCUUUACGAAGAUGGCAAGGUCUCUGGCAUUAAGGCCACCAUGAAGGAUCCCCAUGAGCAGACCACUGCCAUGAAGUUUGAGACCAAGACCAAGAAGAUCAUUGCCGAUCCUUCCUAUUUCUCCAACAAGGUCAAGGUUUCUGGCUAUCUGCUCAAGGCUAUCUGUAUCUUGAAGCACCCCAUCGAUAAGACUGAUGGCAGCGAUUCGCUACAGCUGAUCAUCCCUCAGUCCCAGGUUGGACGCAAGCAUGAUAUCUACAUUGCCAUGGUUUCGGCCGCUCACAACGUCUGCCCCAAGGGGUAUUACAUUGCCAUUGUUUCCACCAUUGCCGAGAACGAUGCCAACCACCACCUUGAGCUCGAGCCAGGUUUCGAGCGCCUGGGUGCGAUCGAGGAAAAGUUCAUGGGUCCCCCGAUCCCCAUCUACGAACCCCUGGAGAGCGGCGAGAAUGACAACAUCUUUAUCUCCAAGAGCUACGACUCUACAUCCCACUUCGAGACUACAACCGACGACGUGCGGGAUAUGUACCGCCGCGCUACCGGCGAGGAGCUGAAAGUUGAGGGACUUCGGGAGGGUGAGGCGCUUGCUCAGGAGUAA